AUGGCGUUUUACAGCGAAUCAAGUAUGCGAGAGAUGCGCGAGGCUGCUGCAAACGAGAUCAGACGUGCCAUCCUGAGUCGAAUUCCUGAUUGUCUUCGAAACUGUGUCAACAAGGAGUUUCUGACUUGCGGUGGUGGCCCACUAUCUGGCUCUCAUGGCGUUGGAGUCAACUCUUUGGCCAACAGUAUUGGAAACAGCAUAAUGUCCAACAGCAACCAUUUGUCCCUUGCUGCGGGUCUUCCAGGUGUGAACGUUCUAAACAGCAGUGUCACCUCAGGAUUACCUGGUGCUGCACGUGGACUUCAUCCAGCCGCCGCUGCUGCUGCUUUCGGACUGUCAGCCGGUCUCUUCUCUGGUGGGGCUGGUGGUGCUGGACUUGGACUUGGGGGUACUGGUCUGCCUUUCCCCGCCAACCUUAUAGGUGGCGCGGGAGCAGCCGGCGGAGGCGGGGGUAUUCUCACAAACAGCGGUGGUCCUACCGCCAUUCCAACUUUGCCCCCACCACCGCCAGGCGCAGCGGCGGCGGCCGCUGCUGCUCACUUGGCUGGACUACCCCCAGUGUCUGCCUAUGCGAAUUUUUUCCCCGCUGGCUUGGCCGGUUUAGGUUUGCCGCCGCAUCCAUCAUCGCUCACAUGCCUUUCCGGUUCCACGUGUGCCAGCGGCGUUGGUGCUUCUGGCUGUUCGACAGCAGGUGGUAUAUCCACCAGCUGUUCGGUAGGAGGUGGCCCCAACAAUGCUACAACGAGCUUUAGCGGAAAUCAACCCGUCAGUUCUCCAGCUUCCGUCACUAGCAGUCUUCCUGGAAGUUCCUCAGGUCCCAAUUUCGACAAUCUGAAUGCCAGUAUUGCUGCCGCUGCAAGUUUGGUAGCGUCUGGACUAAACCCUAGCCACUUCCAAGGCGUCGGCAUUCUCGGUUUAACCAAAAGUGAAUGA